UCUGCCCAUGUUUAUGGUGUUAGCACAGAUGGACUGAUAUCCAGUGUUAGCUUGGGCAGAAACAACCGUCAAUACAAAACAAAAUACUAACAAUAAAUUCUGUCUCCCGUGCACUGUCUCCUGCGAGGUCAUGACUAAAAGAAACACAUUCUUGGAACGACAUUACAAGUAGUAAACGCUUCACUCUGAGCUUACUGAACCGGCUGGCAAUCUAGCGUUAACUUUCUAAGCGCUUUAAGCACUUCGCUCAACUGGUUACUGUUUUCCAGCGGUGUGACAGACCUUUUAGAUGAGCAGACAUGUCUGGAGUUAAAAGGAAAAUCGAAGACAAGGACCCAGACUACGAGGACAUCACACAAGUGCAGGAGAGCAAGAGAAGCAAAGUUCUUGAACAGAAUGCUCGUGAUGCUACUGUACAGAAGAUUGAAGCCAUCAUCAGAGACCAGUUUGCACUGGAGAUGAAGAACAAAGAGCAUGAGAUCGAAGUGAUCGGCCAGCGGCUAAAUGAGGCAAGAAGAAUGAUGGACAAGCUAAGGGCCUGCAUCGUAGCCACUUACUAUUCCAACGCUGGCCUGCCCAAGGUUUCUGAGUCCUCCAAGAGUGAUUCGUCUGCUCUGAACCACCCUGCUGUCAAACGCUUCCUGGAGUCGCCCUCGCGUUCCUCGUCCCCUCUGAACCAGGGCUCAGAAGCACCCUCUGUGGGUCACUCGGAGCCUGAGUCUCUAAGCCAGCAUGGAGAGACAACGGAUCUUUCUGAGAGAGACAGCCAGGGGUGGAGAGCAGAGGAGUCCAGCCGGCAGGCAGGCAGACCCGGUCGGAACACAGGCAAGGACACUUUUGGUGUGCCAUCAUCUGUAGACCAACACGUCACAUACCACACCACAGGAGAGGAGGCAUCACGACUCUAUGUGAAGAAAACUAUCAUCGUGGGAAACGUUUCAAAAUACAUAGCUCCUGAUAAGCGAGAGGAAAAUGACCAGUCCACUCAUAAGUGGAUGGUGUAUGUUCGAGGCUCACGGAAGGAACCCAGCAUUGACCACUUUGUGAAGAAAGUUUGGUUUUUUCUUCACCCCAGCUACAAACCCAACGACCUGGUGGAGGUCAGUGAACCACCGUUUCAUCUGACGCGGCGGGGUUGGGGUGAGUUUCCGGUCCGUGUGCAGAUCCACUUUAAAGACCAGCGGAACAAACGCAUUGACAUCAUCCAUCAUCUGAAGUUGGACAGGACGUACACAGGACUGCAGACACUUGGAGCAGAAACAGUGGUAGAUGUCGAGCUUCAUCGAAACUCUCUAGGAGAAGAAUUCAUCCUUUUCCCUUCUUCUUCCUCUUCAUCCUCAUCUUCUUCUUCUCACUUGGCGAGUGUGGCUGCCCCUGGCUCCUCAUUGCCUGGACAUACUGCAGGUCAGAGCUCCCGGCGUGCUGCAUCACCCUCUCAGCUGUCUCCUGACUCCAGCUCAGAGAAAGGUUUGAGUCUGAAGAGUGAGUCGGCUCGUUUGUCAUGCUCAGAGCGAGUCGGGUCACAGUCCAAAGGGGCGGAGAGAGUCAGCUUAGGCUCCCACGGCAGCUCUGCAUUUCAGCCAAUCACAGCCAGCUGCAAAAUUAUCCCCCAGGGCCAGGUACCCAGUCCUGCAGAGUCACCUGGGAAGUCCUUCCAGCCAAUCACCAUGAGUUGUAAAAUCGUUUCUGGCUCUCCUAUCUCCACCCCCAGUCACUCCCCUUUGUCACGGACACCGACUUCCACUCCCGUGCAUAUGAAGGCCAGCUCGUCUGUCAUCAACAAUCCGUACCUCAUUGUUGACAAGCCAGGUCAGGUGAUCGGCAUGACCACACCCACCGGUGCAUCUACAGGCAGUCCGUCAACCAAGCAAAGUGGUUCAGCCCAGGGUGCACGCUCACCUGCUCCAAAAGUCCACGGCAGUGGCUUCCUCUCAUCUGGAGUCAAGGUAAUUAUUAAGCAGGAGCCAGGGGAAGUCACCACUCAACCAUUGCCACAGCAACAGGCAGCAUCUGCAGGGGCAACGCAGCAACAGCAGUUUGUGACAGUAAAAGGAGGUCACAUGAUCACCAUGUCACCACAGAAGAGUGCAGCAGGGUCAGGAGGUGGCGCCACACCCAGCAAGAUGCUGGGCAUACCUGUUGGUUCUGCUCUUCAGUCCGCUGUUAAACAGGUGGCCAUCAGCAGCGGUCAGAUCUUGGUUGCCAAGUCCAGCCCUGUUGUCUCCAAGGUGAUGGGGCAGAAACAGGUGGUGGCACAAGGUGUUGCUAAGGCCAUUGUUAGUGGGGGCGGAGCUGGUGUUGCAGGCAGCAUUUCUGGCCAGCAGGUGCACGCCAGUACCAAGACAACAGGAUCAGGAGGUGGUGGCAAGAGCGGAGUGAUGGCGACACUGCAGCUGCCGGUGAAUAACUUGGCUAACUUGGCCAACCUGCCUCCGGGUACCAAGCUGUACCUGACCACAAACAGCAAGAACCCCUCUGGCAAGGGCAAACUGCUGCUCAUCCCACAGGGAGCCAUCCUGAGAGCCUCAAAUAGCGCAGGUCACCAGUCUCAGAGUUCUUCUGGUUCUGCUCAGACCUCCAGCAGCAGCGGCUCUGGAUCCAGCAGCCUGCCCACCAGCCUGUCCUGCACCUCCUACAUACUCAAACAGACCCCACAGGGCACAUUUCUGGUUGGCCAGCCGGGGGGCUCGGGGAAACAGGGCGGGUCCAGUUCCUCUGGUAACGUUGUGUCAAGCCCUGCCUCAGUUACCCAACAGGCUAUUCGGGUCACAGCAGGGCAGAAAGCAGCCAUAUUGGCUCAGGUGGUGGGUGGGUCUCAGGGUUCUCAGGUGAAGCUGACUGAUGGUUCAGUAAAGGCAGUAACAGCAGCCGCACACCUGUCCAAAGCAGGCACUACCACCUUAAGGAUGACAGGGGGCAUCAUCACAGCCACCAGCUCGACACAGAGUGCACCAGCUGCUGCUGCCCCAACCUCACAACAGCCUGCAGAGGGAGUCGGAGUACCUACAGCUCCAUCAGUCUCAGGGGCUAAAGCAGCGACACAGCACCCUGUGUUGAUGGCAGCCAAUCAGGCUGCAGUGAUCAACGCCGCCAAGAGUGCCAGCUCAGCAACUAACGUAGCAAAAAGCACCGGCAACAUGGUAACCGUCGGCAAGAACGUCAACAUGCCACUCAUCAGUCUGUCAAAAGGUGCAGGGACAGCAGUAAUGGGUGUGCCCAAAAGUGCCAGUCCCUCAUUGGUAACUGCAGCUUCACUAGUGGGUGGAGCAACGGUCAGUGGGAAAACAGCUGCUGCGAUUUCUGGCAUGUUAAAGCUCCACUCAGGCCAGUCCAGCUCUCAGCAGACAGUGCUGACCAUUCCAGCCAACCAACUCAAGCAGCUCAGCAUCAGUGGAUCCUCUUCAGGACUACAGACCAUCCUCAUGCCUGUAGGAAAAGUAGUGCAGUCUGGCUCUAAAUCUGGCUCUGCUUCCAAUGCUCAGAGUGGAGCUGCUCCUUCUACCUCAACACCCCUAGCUCAAGUUAAGACUGAGCCUGGAGUGGUCAGCUCUUCUUGCUCUACUCCAGUGACCCCCACAUCUACCCCAGUAUCCACGGCAACUACCCCACUACCUUCAGCCACUCCAGCUACAGUUAAAGUGGAGCAAGGCACUGAGAACACAACGCUUGAGCUGAUUAAUACGGAGCAUAUUGAAACCAUGCUGCAGCUUCUGACAGCUGCAGUUAAGAAAUUUCCUUUGAUCGUUCCAGAGAAGACUGAAGAUUCCCACCCAUUCUGUGCUACCUCUGCGGAGCAGUAUUAUUCCUGGCACAUUGGAAAACGGAGGGCUGCUGAGCUCCAGCGGGCAGUAGCAGUGAAGCGUGUGGUUCAGGACAUUUUGGAUCGGAACCCCCGGCUGCAGGCUCUCAGCCCACCAAAAACCAGAGAGGUGGUGCAGUGGUGCCGUCUCCGUGGUUACACACCCCCUGAUCCAGAACCCCAGCGCACGGAGGAGGACUCCAUAGAGGACAUACUCACUCAGAUAGACAGCGAGCCCGAGUGUCCCUCUACUGUAACGGACAGUGAGGAAUUGUGCCAGCGUCUGGAGCAGCUGCAGAGGAUUCUGAAGACGGAGCCGGAGGAAGAAGAUGACGAACCUCUCGACAUUGUCACUGUCAAAGAGGUCAGCAGCACCAGGGUGAAGGUCAAACAGGAGCAAGAAGAGGUGGAGCAGGAGCCCAAAUUCUUCAUGGGCUUGUGCCCCUCCUCGCAGUUCAUCAGAGACACAGCAGAGCAGAUUGGUGUGAGUCUGCAGCCAGUAGAGGUGGAUAAGAAUGUCUUUGCUGCUGUAGUGGAGACCAUGAUUCUCAAGGCCACGGAGCAGUUUGCCAGCGAGAUUCUGAGAGAAUCGCUUGCCAACGCCUACGGGAAGUCACCUCAAAACAGAGCUCCUAGAGAAAUCUCAGCCAUGAACGUACACCAGGCCAUCAGCUCCAUACCUACAUGCGACUUUCUCACAAACAGGUACAUGGGGCUCUUGCUGAAGGAUGGCAGCCAUACAGACUAAGAAUACUGAGCCGCCAAAGCUGCUACAGAAUACACUACGCACACCUGGGACUGGUUUGCUGACGCUAGCCUUUCACUUUUGCAUAACUGCAUAGUGUACAGAGGCUGACCAAUCAAAUACCAGUUGUGACCUGAGUGUGCCAUAGUAUAACACAGGCCACACCCAGGCAACAGAGAUACAGUGAAGAGAUUUUUGGAUGGACAGAUCCUGGAGUGUUCAACACUAUCAUAAAUUCCUAAUCCAUCACUCACCUGACAUUGCAAUAUCAUCAACUGUGUGUAGGCUUUAAGAUAUCACACGUCUACUGCAUAAACCUGCCCUUAAUGUGUUAUUCUGUGGCCUUAUCUUGAUGCUUUACUGCAUUAUGACAUCAUAAUGCAUUAUGAAAUCAGAACAGUAUAACAGUCCUGUAUUGCACAUUGCACUUAGGCCCACAUGUCCGAUUCGCUUUGCUUGCCUGGUUUGCUAAUGUGUUAGAAACUAUUUAUGAGAAAAAGCAAGACGUGAUGUGGUCUAAACUAAACAUAUCGCAAGUCUUGUGUCUUCUUGGGCCAGUGUGUGGUAUCUAUUUGAUGGUUUUGGAAUAAUGAUACAGUCCUUUUUAUAUGUUCAUGUAAUUGUUUCCUGUACUUGAGCCUGAUCGCAGACUGGCAUAAUACAGCUAAUACAGAAGGUUAUGAUUGUGUUAUCGCUGAUGUACAAUUGACAUCACUGGCCCAGAGCACUCUGACCAAAUGUUUGCCAACCAAACCCACAUAAUUUUUUUUUGUUUUGUUUUGUUUUUAGUUUGUUUGUUUUUUAAACUUGCCCUCGCCCACUUUGACUCACCACUUGGAUGUGCAUCACACCCAGGUUACACAAAAGGUCACUCACAGCAGAAAGGGAAGAAGGGACACUGAGGUGCAGAUUACUCAGAUGUAAUGCCCUCACCCCCAGCUGGUUAACAUCGGUGCAGUCAGUGGUCAAGCCAUGUAGACUUUGCAGCGCAAACAUUUUUGAGAAGCUUGAACACAAAGUAUACAUGAUUUGUGAGUAAUUGCUUUGUGUGCCUCUAGUGGUGUAGUAUGUUGUUGUUGUUAGCUGUGUAGUUUUUAGCAUGGUAACUGGCCAGUUAGCACAUGAAAAGUGAAGUUUUAUUAGUAAUCAUGUAUAACACGUAUAACAAUGCUGUAUAGAGUAGUUUGCAACCUAAAGACCAGGAAACUGAAUGUUUUGGUUUUGAAAUGUUAAGCAUUGUCACUUAUGAACCCAUUUGUCCGUCAUGAUUUUUGGGCUGAGAGGUGAAACUCGUCAGGUCGUAAUGAUUUCUGAGUGUAUUUUGCCGCUGAGGUUGAUACUUUUGUUCACUCAGUUCUUCACCUCUCUGAGGACUCACCUAACACCUUUGGCUUCAGCCAGUAAAGUAACUACCUUAACGUGGCGCCGAAUAAUCCCUUCAAAGGGGGAACUGAUGAGGCAAAGUGGGUAAGGGCUUGUUAGAAACAGGUAUUAAAACAGAUGGUAACAACCUCAAACUCUGUUGCAAAACAAAUGAGAUUGUGUUCUGUGGCUGAUCGGAGUCUGAAAUGUUGUCCCUCAUUUACUCGGGUUCCUAUGGCUUCCAUUCUGGCUCAUCAGUCCUUUUACUUGCUCUGCCCACAAAUGUUGUAGUAGCUUAUGGCAGUGUGUAAAUGAUAGUGAAUUUCCCACCAUGUUACCAUGAGAUUGAUUAUAAGACAAGAAAAUUACAUUCAGUCUGUGCUGUGUGGUCUUUCACACAUACGGAGAAUCAGUAUGAUAUGAAAUGAAUGAUGCAGCCUAAAUUCACAUAUUUUGACAAAACCUGACAUGCACACAAUUUAUCAUUAGGUUGCUUCUGAAGAAUACGUAGAUAGAUAGGCCACUUGUGUGUGCUUGUGUAACUGUUGUGUGUACAAAGUCAUGAUGACCAUCUUCAGACUGACACAUUUACUAGCAGGAUGCGAGUUUGUGAAGUGAUAAAGGCUAGAAAAAAUACACAAUUCACAGAGGAGAAAAUUCAAGUGUUGUUAAAACCUUGUUUUAUGUUUGUUGGAGCGUUUGUCUUGCUAUGAAGAUGCCCAGUGUUUAAUAUAGACCUACAGAAGUCUUAAUAUCCAUGUCAUUUUAUCUGUUAGUGAAUGCAGAAGCUUUACUCACGCUGUAGUCCAGUGUAAUGUACCUCUGCACUGCACAGUUCAGUGUUUUCUCUGCACUCCUCACUUACCUAGAUGCAUAUAUAUGGUGUGUUUGAGCCGGUGGUGUAACCAGAAUUUCAUAAUGGGGGUGUCUGGUUACGGCUAGGAUGACAUCUCUAUAGUGUGGUUAACAACCACCAACCAGCCAUCAGUUUUGUAGCUAAUCAGAGAGAAAUCUAUCAAAAUUGCUAGACUUGUAUUUAAAUGAUUAGUUUCUAUAACCGCUGACAGCAGAGCCACAGCAAGGAAAGACUAAUUAACAACAGUUGUGCCUUUUACAGAAUCGGGACUAGAAGUCUGGGGCGAGUGGUUAUAGUGCAGUGUUCUUCCAGUGGUCAACCUUGUUUUCUUUACCGUGGUCAGCUUUACUGCUUAGGCAGCAUAAAACUGAUCUUAGCUUCUUAUUUGAAUUCCACCUUAAACAGGUACCAGAAUGUGUUACUGCACCAUUUAAGGUGGGAAUUUGAAGCCGACUUCAGACUCAUUUACUCGCCUUGCUUGGUAACUAACCGCUAGGAACUAGCGAUGUUCCCACAACCUGCAGAAACACUUGAGCAGAGAAGUGCUGAGUUUUCGGUUUCCGUUCCAUUGUUUCUCGUCUUAUUUCAGAGUUGGUGUAAAAGUGUGACAUUACACAGCUGAUGGUGGCUUGGAGCCGUGUGAAUGUUGCCAUGGUGAUAGCAUUGUUGUAUGUAAAAUUGAGGCAGAGCUUUGGCGACCACUUUCAUUUGUUUGAAGUGAAAAUAAAGGCACUCAAAGUUUUGAUCCUGUAAUAUAAGAAUAUUUUUAUUGGCUUCUGUGGGAUUUUUUUCUUGAGAGAAGUCAGAAAUCCCCCCGACCCCCACCCCCCUAGGUACACCACUGGUUUGAGCAGGGAAAACACCCCUGUGCAGUGCUUGGCCCCCUACGACUAUAUCUGAGUACAUUCUGAGUAAAAGAAUCUGGCCCUGUUGAAGUGUGUGGCUUAAAUAGUGUCCACUGUUUUUGUCCGAGCUGUCCUUUUAAAGUUACCUGUUGAGCACCUGUGACUGGCAUAUAAAAUCACGCUGUUUGUUUUAUUAUGUUGUAUUCUUAUCUGCAUUCUGCUGGCAGCUUGGUAAGCAACCAGCAACACGUUCAUUAAGUGUGCGUUUGUGUGUUGGAAUGUCUGUAAAGGUAUGUAUGUAAUUAUUUUGAGUGCGUGUGUGAGGAUGUAAAGAACUUGUCGUGUGUGAGCUCUUAGUUUCCGCUUGCCAGUCGAGUUGUGUAUCCGUGCUUUCUGCACGAAUUCAAACUGUCAUUACCAGUUUAACCAAAUGUAAUGUAUUGUAGGCUGUACCUGACCAAUGUAUUUUCCUUUUGUUCAAAGUGUACCUAAAAUUACGACUAUUCUUGUAUUAAAAAGGUAGUUUUGCCACUGAAA